AUUGUUAUUCUUACUAUUGUUGUUGUUAUUGUUAUUAUUGAUGUUGCUGUUGUUAUUAUUGUUGUUGUUGUUGUUGUUGUUGUUGAUGUUGUUGUUGUUAUUGUUGUUGUUAUUGUUGUUGGUGUUGUUGUUAUUGUUGUUAUUAUUAUUAUUGUUAUUAUUAUUAUUAUUAUUAUGACUCCAGUGUUAUGAUCUCGCGGUCGCUCGUUCUCGCGAUAACUGCGGACCCUGUAUUCGCCAUCAGAGCGUGGAUCCGUGACGCGAGUGGCAACGGCUGAAGAGCGACCGUUAACCGGACAGAGCGACCCCCCCCGAGCCGCUGUGCUUCCAGUAUGGCAGAUGACCUGGACAUUGAGGCGAUGCUGGAGGCUCCGUACAGGAAGGAGGAAACCAAGAGCCUGAGCCCCAACAUACAGGACGACCGCAUCAAGAGGAAGAGGCGCAGCCACAGUCGCAACAGGAGCCGCAGCAGGAGUCGAGACAGGAAGAGGAGCCGCAGUCGAGAGCGCAAACGCAGCCGCAGCAGAGACAAGCGAAGAAGUCACAGCAGCAGAGAGAGGGGGGGGCGCUACAGAGACCACCACAAGCACCGUCGGCGGUUGAAGAGUAAGAGUCCAAUCAGGAAAGAGAAGAAUCCAAUCAGGCAGCCGAUAGAUAACCUGACUCCAGAGGAGCGUGAUGCGCGAACCGUCUUCUGUAUGCAGCUGGCGGCCAGGAUUAGACCUCGAGACCUGGAGGAGUUCUUCUCUGCAGUGGGGAAGGUUCGGGAUGUGAGGAUGAUCUCGGACAGGAACUCCCGCAGGUUGAAGGGCAUCGACUACAUUGAGUUUGUGGAGGCCAACUCAGUUCCUCUGGCCAUCUGACUGACGGGGAAAAGGCUGCUGGGAGUUCCCAUCAUCGUACAGGCCUCACAGGCAGAGAAGAACCGAGCAGCAGCAGCCAACAACCUGCAGAAAGGAACAUCAGGACCGAUGAGGUUGUACGUCGGUUCUCUGCACUUCAACGUCACCGAGGAGAUGCUGAGAGGAAUCUUUGAGCCAUUUGGUAGGAUUGAGAGCAUCCAGCUGAUGAUGGACAGUGAGACAGGACGCUCUAAAGGCUACGGCUUCAUCACUUUUGCAGAUGCAGAGUGUGCUAAGAAAGCUCUGGAGCAGCUCAACGGCUUUGAGUUAGCGGGUCGACCAAUGAAAGUCGGUCAUGUUACGGAGCGGACCGAUGCGACUACGGCGUCCUCUUUUCUCGACAACGACGAGCUCGAACGCGCCGGCAUCGACCUUGGAACCACCGGACGACUGCAGCUGAUGGCCCGCCUUGCUGAGGGUACAGGUCUCCAGAUCCCUCCUGCAGCUCAGCAGGCUCUGCAGAUGAGUGGAGCGAUCGCUAUAGGAGCCAUGGCUGCUGUGUCAGUUAUAAUGUGUUUGAAUCCAGCUCUCAACAUGAACUCUGCAGCUCUGAAUAUUCCCUCUCAGCCUCUGGCCACUCACUGCUUCCAACUGUCCAACAUGUUCAACCCCAACAGUGAGGAGGUUCCUGGUUGGGAGAUGGACAUCCAGCAUGAUGUCAUAGAGGAGUGUAACAAACAUGGAGGAGUCGUGCACAUCUACGUUGACAAGAACUCUGCUGAGAGAAAUGUCUACGUCAAGUGUCCGUCCAUCCCCGCCGCCAUGGCUUCCGUCAACACUCUACACGGAAGAUACUUUGCCGGUAAGAUUAUCACGGCGGCGUAUGUCCCACUGCCCACCUACCACAACCUGUUCCCAGAGUCCGCCACCGCCACACAGCUGCUGGCCCCGCCCCCUAGGUGGUGACUCAUGACACAGCUCCGCCCCCUGAUCAGACUCUUUUAUAGUCUCGUCUCCAAUUGAUCGACACAGAAGAGUUCAUUUCUGUCAAAGAACACUGGCGAAGGACGACGUUUGUGUUCCUUCCUGUUUACUUCCUGUUUGGUCUCAUUUAUUCUCGUUAUUGUCCAAUGAUUGUCCAAUGAUUGAGCUCUGUGAGCUGUGAUGGUGUCAGCUGAUGCUUUAAAGAUAUUCAGUGGUUUUCUAAAAAUAAUUUUAUUUUGUAAAAUUGUUGAUUAAAUUUUAUUUUGAAGUC